CUUGACUCCUUUACCUUAAUCGAGAUUGGAAAGGCAGCAUUGAGGAAUGGCGAACUUCAGAUUGCAGAACAGUCUUUUGGUAAGGCGAUACGAAAGGAAAAGUUGGGAGAACAUCGAACCAAACAAAAUCCUGAGGCUUAUUAUUAUCUGGCAGACGUUUUAGAAAAGAAAGCAGGAAAAGAUGAGGUGGAAUUGGGACAAAAACAGCGUCUUUUACUCCAAGCAGCAUCACUAUACAAUUUUGUAGACAAUUGCUUGAAAUCAGGUUCAGUAGUAGGCGAUUUCGUAGAAAAAACGUCACGGUCACUUCCGUCAAAAUUGAAGGAUGUCGAAGAUAGUCUAGUUUUAAAUAUUGGAGGCAAUCCUGCUCGUUGUCACUUCAAUU